CAGCUCUCACAGAGACCAGACCUGCUCUACCAUGGCUAACACCGAGUUCUACUUCAAUGUGGACAGUGGGUACCUGGAGGGGCUUGUGCGGGGGUUUAAAGGGGGGAUCCUGAGAUCGACCGACUACCUCAAUCUGGCACAGUGUGAAACCUUAGAAGACUUGAAGCUGCACCUCCAGUCAACUGACUAUGGAAGCUUCUUGGCCAAUGAAACCAGACAGCUUACAGUCUCCAUCAUUGAUCAGAGACUGAAAGACAAGCUGAUGGCAGAAUUCCACUAUUUCAGAAACCAUGCGUUUGAGCCGCUUGCCACUUUUCUGGAUUUUAUAACGUACAGCUACAUGAUCGAUAACAUAAUCCUGCUGAUAACAGGGACUUUACACCAAAGGCCAAUUUCUGAAUUGGUGCCUAAGUGCCACCCUUUGGGCAGCUUUGAACAGAUGGAAGCAGUCAAUAUUGCCCAGACCCCGGCUGAACUCUUCAAUGCCAUUAUAGUGGACACACCUCUUGCUGAUUUCUUCCAAGACUGUCUGUCUGAAAAUGACAUGGAUGAAAUGAAUAUUGAAAUAAUGCGCAAUAAACUCUAUAAGUCGUACCUAGAGGCAUUCUACAAAUUUUGUAAAAAACUAGGUGGGACCACAGAGGAAAUCAUGUGUCCGAUUCUCGAGUUUGAAGCCGACAGGCGUGCAUUUGUCAUCACCAUAAAUUCAUUUGGCACAGAGCUAAACAAGGAAGAGAGGGAGAAGUUGUACCCCACUUGUGGAAGGCUUUUCCCAGAAGGCCUGCGCAUGCUUGGUAAUGCUGACGACCAGGACCAAGUGAAAACCACUGCUGAGUAUUAUGCUGAGUACAAAGCGCUGUUUGAAGGAGUUGGAAUUGGAACGGGCGAAAAAACACUGGAAGACAAAUUUUUUGAACAUGAGGUAAAAAUGAAUGUGCUGGCAUUUAACAACCAGUUCCACUUUGGAGUGUUCUACGCCUAUGUUAAACUGAAGGAACAAGAAUGCAGAAACAUUGUGUGGAUUGCAGAGUGCAUUUCUCAGCGACACAGAACCAAAAUUAAUAAUUACAUCCCCAUCUUGUAAUGCACAUCCUAUUAUCUUAUCUGUCUCUGUAGUAAAACAAAAUGUUCUGUUGCCUCUUAUGGGGUCGCUAAUCCGAUUAAUGACUAUUGCUAUUUAUAAAUAUCCCUACCAGGAAAGUGUUUGGACUCUUUUAGUUCCCUGUAAAAAUAUCUACACUAUAUUCAUAUAUCCAUAAUAAACUAUUACAUAAAACAAAA